CGGGAGGAGGAGGAGACUGCAAGGAUGGGCCCAGGAGCAAUGGCGUCCAAAGAGGAACAAGCAGUAAAAAAUCUCAACGUGGAGAACGCCAAACAGGAAAAUGAAAGAAAGGAUGAAAAGGAGCAAGUUGCUAAUAAAGGAGAGCCCUUGGCCCUCCCUUUGGAAGCUGGUGAAUAUUGUGUGCCUCGAGUAAAUCGUAGGCGGUUCCGUGUUAGGCAGCCCAUCCUGCAGUAUAGGUGGGACAUGAUUCAGAGACUUGGAGAACCACAGGCAAGGAUGAGAGAGGAGAAUAUGGAAAGGAUUGGGGACGAGAUGGGACAGCUGAUGGAAAAGCUGAGGGAAAAGCAAUUCAGUCAUAGUCUGCGGGCAGUUAGCACUGACCCUCCUCACCAUGACCAUCAUGAUGAAUUUUGCCUUAUGCCUUGA